AUGUCAAAGAUGUUUGAAUCGAAAUCAAAAACACCUACAAUUAAUAUAUUCUGUUUUAUAGAAAUCAACGAAGAAGCCAAUAAAGAAGCUCGUUCCGAAUGUGAUCUUGAGGGCGAAACCGAUAACCACGGAAAUGACAAUCGUCAAGAGGGGAGCAUCUUGAAUGCGUGCACUUCGUUUGAGGGGCCAUCGAACCCUAUUUUGGAUCCCACGAUUACGUGGAAAGAGAUCGAGGCUUGCAACAUUAUCUAG